AGAAAAAAAACACGCCGUUAGAGUAUCUCGUUCGUCGUUCUCUUCGCUCCCUUAUCUCCCUGCUCCCCUCACGCCGUCUCCACGCUGGCCGCGCCCAUGGCGAUCGAAGCCGCGCGCCUCUCCCCUUCCCUCGCCGCCGCCGCCGCCUUCCUCGGCCGCCGCUCUCCUCCCACAGCCCCUUUACUCCGCCGCCUAUGCCUCCUCCCCCCCCGCCGCUCCCUCCUCGCCAGCGCCAGCACCUCCUCCUCCCGCGCCUCCUCGGGCGGGAACGGCCGCGUCGUCGCCCUCUCCUCGUCGGAGCUCCGCAAGCGCCGUGGCUCGACAUCCUCCACACCCACGCCCGGAGAGGACGAUAAGCUGCGCUCGCUUCGUCGCCUCUUCGCGCGCCCGGACAUUGCAAUCGACGCCUACAUCGUUCCCUCCCAGGAUGCCCACCAGAGUGAGUUCAUUGCGGAAUGCUUCAUGAGACGUGCCUACCUGACUGGCUUUACUGGUAGUGCUGGUACAGCCGUGGUCACAAAAAAUAAUGCUGCUUUUUGGACCGAUGGCCGGUAUUUUCUUCAGGCUGAAAAGGAAUUGAGCCAUGACUGGACACUACUGCGGAGUGGAAAUCACGGUGUUCCAACCACUAUUGAGUGGUUGAAUGAUGUCUUACCAUCUGGUUCUCGAGUUGGUAUUGACCCGUUCCUUUUCUCAUCUGAUGCUGCUGAGGAAUUGAAGGCUGCUAUUUCUGACAAGAAUCAUGAGUUAAUUUUGAUUGGAGAUUUUAACCUGGUUGAUGAGAUAUGGGGCGGAUCAAGGCCAGCGCCCCCAAAAGAACCUACCAGGGUGCAUGCCAUCAAGUAUGCUGGUGUUGACGUUGCAUCGAAGUUAUCUUUUGUCAGAUCACAGCUUGAUGAAAAUGGGUGUGACACUGUGGUUAUUUCAAUGCUUGAUGAGGUUGCAUGGUUGUUAAACAUGAGAGGAAGUGAUGUUCCACAUUCACCUGUAUUCUAUAGCUACUUGACUGUGGAGAUGAGCACUGCUACAUUAUUUGUAGAUAGCAACAAAGUAUCUGAAGAGGUAUUGGAACACCUCAAGAAAGCUGGAGUAAAGUUAAAAUCAUAUGAAGCAAUUUUAUCUGAUGUAGAAAGGCUGGCAGAAAAGGGUGCAAAACUGUGGUUGGAUUCUUCAAGUGUGAAUGCUGCCAUAGUCAGUGUAUUUAGAUCUGGUUGUGACAGAUACAUGAGAAAAAGAGGAAAGACAGGGCGGCAAAUUGGCAAAGAGGCAUCUUCAGAUGAUCCGACCACCAAAAAGCGUGGUGUUCAGAAUAUGGAGUUAAACGGUCUGUAUAAAGCCUCACCAGUCACCCUUGCCAAAUCAGUUAAAAAUGAGGCAGAAAUUAGAGGAAUGAAGAACUCACAUCUAAGAGAUGCUGCUGCUUCAGCAGAAUUCUGGUGCUGGAUAGAGGAGGAAGUUCGUAACAAUGUGGCUCUUACAGAAGUGCAAGUUGCAGAAAAUCUUCUUGGAUUUCGCCGAAAGCAAGAUGGUUUUAUAGAGACAAGCUUCGACACUAUUAGUGGUUAUGGUGCAAAUGGUGCUAUAAUACACUACAACCCAACUCCGGAUAGCUGCAGUUCUGUUGGAAGUGACAAUCUCUUUUUGUUAGAUAGUGGUGCUCAAUAUGUUGAUGGAACGACUGACAUUACAAGGACAGUUCAUUUUGGUGAGCCUUCCCCGAGGCACAAGGAAUGCUUCACAAGGGUUUUGCAGGGCCAUAUAGCUCUAGAUCAGGCAGUAUUUCCAGAAAGAACUCCAGGUUUUGUGCUAGAUGUUCUGGCACGAUCAUCUCUCUGGAAGAUUGGGCUUGAUUACAGACAUGGCACAGGUCAUGGAGUUGGAGCUGCACUCAACGUCCAUGAGGGCCCACAGAGCAUAAGCUAUCGAUAUGGAAACUUGACAGCUUUACAGAAGGGCAUGAUUGUAAGCAAUGAACCUGGUUAUUAUGAAGACGACUCAUUUGGCAUUCGUAUCGAGAAUCUGCUUCUGGUGAAAGAGGUUAAUUUAACCAAUUCUUUUGGCGGCAUCUCAUACCUGGGCUUUGAGAAGCUAACUUUUGUUCCGAUUCAGAGAAAGCUUAUUGACUUACCCUUGCUAUCACCUUCGGAGAUAAAUUGGGUCAAUGAAUACCAUGAACAAGUUUGGGAAAAGGUUUCCCCAUUCUUGAGUGGCAAUCCUCUCAACUGGCUGUUGGUUAACACAAGGCCUCUCUAGACACCAAGCAUGUCGCAACAUGACAAAAAGCAACCAAAAAGAGCAAGUCACUAGGUAUUCAUUCACUUAUUGGCAGAAAGCAAGGGAAAACGAUGGCAAGGUCUAAGGAAUUGGUUCAAGCUGGUUUAUUUAUCGGUACCCGGUUAGCUUAGUGCAAUGUUCAAAGCGGUGAAGCGAUUUGCAUACAUCUUCAUUUGCCAUUGGUUAUAUGAUUAGUAACCAUGAUAGUUCAGUUGCUUUGUUUGGUCUUCCCCCUAUAAUCAAUGCUAGGAUUUUGGUAAUAUAUGACAAGUUACAUAUACUCAAAAGUACAUUUUUUACUCAAUAGUAUAUUCGUACUUGUGCGAUGUCAUUAUUUAGUAAAUACUUCUUCCGUUCACAAAUAUAAGAUAUUCUAACUUUUUCCCUGAA